AGACAGGGGUCCUGACUGUUUGGUCACGUUAGUCUACACGUGCGCUGGGGAAUGUGUUGGCAGCAAGCAGCUUUCCGGAAUUAACAGUCAAUUAGCCAUUAUAUAUUUUGAUUAGAUGUUGGGAUAAGAUUGUAUAUUGUAGCAUAAUAGUCGCAGUAUAUAUAGGUUUCUAAAUGGGAGGCCUUCAAAAGAAAAAGUUCGAGAGGGGGUCUGCCACAAACUACAUUACGAGAAAUAAAGCUCGCAAGAAGCUUCAGCUGAGCCUCCCAGAUUUCAGACGGUUAUGUAUCCUCAAAGGGAUAUACCCACAUGAACCCAAACACAAAAAGAAGGUGAACAAAGGUUCAACUGCUCCUAGGACAUUCUAUCUGCUUAAAGACAUCCGCUUUCUGCUUCACGAGCCCAUUGUUGGGAAGUUCAGAGAAUAUAAGGUGUUUGUUCGAAAACUAAAGAAGGCAUAUGCAAAAAUAGAAUGGUCAGAUGUGGAAAGGUUAAAGGAGAAUAAACCAACCUACAAAUUGGACCACAUCAUCAGAGAAAGGUUCCCCACCUUUAUUGAUGCCCUCCGUGAUAUUGAUGACGCACUCUGCAUGUGCUUCCUUUUUUCUACGUUUGCACGAACUGGAAAGUGUCAUGUACAAACCAUUCAGCUGUGCCGGAGGCUUACUGUGGAGUGGAUGAACUAUGUGAUCGCAUCUCGUUGCCUCAAAAAGGUUUUCCUUUCUAUCAAAGGAAUAUAUUAUCAAGCAGAGGUGAUGGGGCAGCUCAUUACAUGGUUGGUGCCGUAUCAGUUCUCUCAUGACCACCCCACAGAUGUUGACUACAGAGUGAUGGCAACUUUCACAGAGCUCUACACCACUCUCCUGGGCUUUGUCAACUUCAGGCUGUAUCAGUCUCUUAAUUUGGUUUAUCCACCAAAGUUGGACAGUAAAUCUGAGUCAGAGAUAAAUGAACAGAAUGAGGAGGACUAUGCCAUGAGUUCCGAAAGCUACUUGGAGAAACUGUCUGCCCUAAGUGCCAGUCUAGCUCGAGUGGUGUCUUCAGUUGAGGAGGAAGAGGCUCAACUGGACCAGUUUCCUACUGAAGGGGAAGACAUGGAAAAUAUGGAGGCCAGGGAAAAGGAACUCAAACAGGAAGAAAAGGCAAAAAAACUGUUUGAAGGCUUGAAAUUCUUCCUCAAUAGAGAGGUCCCCAGAGAGUCCUUGGCAUUUGUCAUCAGAUCUUUUGGGGGUGAAGUUUCUUGGGACAAAUCAGUUUGCAUUGGAAGUACAUAUGAAGUGACAGAUGAAACCAUAACGCAUCAAAUCGUUGACAGACCAAGUGUUGAUAACCAAUAUAUCAACAGAUUCUACAUCCAACCACAGUGGGUGUAUGAUUGUGUCAAUGCAAAGAUCCUGUUGCCAGUAGAGGACUACUUCAUUGGUGUGACCCUACCACCACAUCUCUCUCCUUUUGUGGAGGAGAAGGAAGGGGAUUAUGUGCCUCCAGAGAAGCUAAAGAUUGUAGCUAUGCAACAAGGACACAAAUCAGUGACUGAAGAUGAAGAGAACGAAGAUGAGGACAGCAAUGAAGAAGCAGAAGAGGAGGAGGAGGACAAUGACGAGGAGGAGGAGGAAGAAGAUGAGGAGGAAGAAGAGAACCUAAAGAAACUGGAAGAGCAGAGAUCCAAGGGCAAAUCAUUACAGGUGAAAGUGACCCCUGGAAAAAUGAAGGUUGAAAAUCCGGCACGCUUGGAGCAAGAGGAAAAGGCAGAGGAGAAACGUCUGGCCAUCAUGAUGAUGAAGAAAAAGGAAAAAUACCUCUAUGAUAAAAUCAUGUUUGGAAAGAAAAGAAAAGUCAGAGAGGCAAACAAGUUGGCAGCCAAGAGAAAGGCUCAUGAUGAUGCUGAAAAGGCAAAGAAGAAAGCGAGAAAAUAAACUUGCUAGGUACACAUUACGCUGGAUAUAAACAUGUUCGCACAGGCUUGUUUAGAUUAAUGGUAUGUGCUUAGUCAAGUUGUAUUGUAAAAAUGGUUUAUAAAAGUCACCAGUAAACAAUUAAAAUAUUAAAUUCUCUUAUUCAAAUGUCUGCUACCUUGGGCAGUUUAUAUAAACUAACUUUUAACCCUUUCAUUAUGUUUGACUUUUAUAAAUAAAAUAAGGACAGAGCUUGGC